GAUCAUAUCUUCCUUCCAUUCUCAUCUAAUCCAUUCUUCAACUCUCUUUUGAAUUUUGAAUUUUUUCCUUUUUUUUCUUCAACUUACAAACCCUAAACUCAUUUUCACCUCGAUCUCACUUCUUCUGCUGUUUUCUAGACUGUUUUAUUGGUUGAGCUAUUGUAGUUUGAAGAAAUCCAGCUGUAUUUUGCAUUCUGGUGGUGAUUAUUCUACUACAUUAAGUGAAUUAUUGAUGUAUUUGUAGAAGAGAGUUAAUUUGAGAUCAAUUGAACUGUUGAAUUGGGAAUUUUGUAGAGAGAUCUGUUUUACGGGUGAAUUUGGGGUACUUUGAAGUGAAGGGUGGAAUUGGAGGGGUUUUGGAUCCGAUCAGGGGAGAAACAGCGCCAUUAGAUGGCGCUGUUCAGACGGUUCUUCUAUAGGAAGCCGCCGGAUCGGCUUUUAGAGAUCUCUGAGCGGGUUUAUGUGUUUGAUUGCUGCUUCUCCACUGACGUGUUGGAUGAAGAUGAGUACAAGACAUAUAUGGGAGGGAUUGUAGCUCAGCUGCAGGACCACUAUGCAGAUGCUUCUUUCAUGGUUUUUAACUUUAGGGAAGGUGAUAGGAGGAGCCAAAUAUCUGACAUAUUGUCUCAGUAUGAUAUGACUGUGAUGGAUUAUCCUCGGCAAUAUGAAGGGUGUCCACUUCUGCCUCUGGAGAUGAUCCACCACUUCUUACGCUCGAGUGAGAGUUGGCUUUCACUUGAGGGUCAGCAAAACGUCCUGUUAAUGCACUGUGAGAGGGGAGGCUGGCCUGUACUUGCUUUUAUGCUUGCUGGCCUUCUUUUGUACCGAAAACAGUACACUGGUGAGCUUAAAACUCUUGAAAUGGUAUACAAGCAGGCCCCUAGGGAGCUGCUCCAUCUUUUGUCACCUCUGAAUCCACAGCCAUCUCAGCUUAGAUAUCUCCAGUACAUCUCCAGAAAAAAUUUUGGUUCAGAAUGGCUGCCAUCAGAUACACCUUUUGCCUUAGAUUGCAUCAUACUUAGUUUUCCUCCUCUAUUUGAUAGAGGGAGAGGCUGUCGACCUGUACUUCGCGUCUAUGGACAGGACCCUGCUUCAACAACUUCGAAUAGGAGCUCUAAGCUCCUCUUUUCAACUCUAAAGACAAAAAAACAUGCUCGCUUCUACCAACAGGAAGAGUGUUCAAUGGUGAAAAUUGACAUCCAUUGUCGUGUCCAAGGAGAUGUUGUUCUCGAGUGUGUCCAUUUGGAAGAUGACCUAGUAAGGGAAGAAAUGAUGUUCAGGGUCAUGUUCCACACCACAUUUAUUCGCUCAAAUGUUUUGAUGUUAAUGCGUGAUGAUGUUGAUGUCCUAUGGGAUGCAAAAGACCAAUUUCCUAGAGGGUUCAAGGCAGAGGUACACUUUUCGGAUCCUGAUGCUGUUCCAUCUGUUGUCACUGAAGAAGUGCCAAGUGAGGAUGAGACUGGGACUGAAGGGGCUUCACCUGAGGAGUUUUUUGAAGUUGAAGAGAUAUUCAGCAAUGCCGCUGAUGGGCAGGAUGGAAGGGGGGAAUCUGGAGCCCACAUUGUCAAGGAAAAUUUGCUGGAUGAUGAUAGUAUUGAAAUGAUCUGGAAAGAGGAGGUGGAACAUCAUGCAUUUCAAGAUUGUGCAUCAGACGAAGUAAAUCACAAGCAAGAAGGAAAGAUUGAUUCUAAUCGCUCUGCAUCAGAAAAAAAUAUUUUAGGAGAUAGAGACAACUCUAUACCCUCCAAGGUUGUAGUUUCCAAUGGUACUAGCAACAUGGAAUCAGAACAGGUAAUAUCUGGGGAUUGUGUUGCAUCAGAAAAUGGGGAGCUAAAGCAAGAUAAAGAAGACACUCUGAGACAGAAGAAGUUAGAGAGGGAAGGUUCGCAACAGAAGGUGAGUGCUGAUACUAAUAAACAAAAAAGUGACAAGACAGCCUCAUCUCUAAAGAAACAAUUGUUCUCCAAUGCUAAACCUGCCACUGAUGGCGUAGGUCUGAAAAAUAAAUCUAAACAGCAGGAAAUCCAAGGCACUGUUUUACGACCGGCAAAGCCUAAUGCAGUGUCCCGGUGGAUCCCUCCCAACAAAGGUUCUUACACUAGUUCAAUGCAUGUAUCGUAUCCACCAUCAAGGUAUAACAGUGCUCCUCCUGUGCUUGCUCUCACCAAGGAUUUUCAAUCUGGGGUUAAAUCAAAGUCACCAUCUCCUCAAGCUUCUUCAGAAGCUAUAGCUUCUGCUGAAGCAGGUCGUGUUUCAGGGAAAGACUCUUCAUGUUCUGCAUCGGGUAUAUCAAUGGUUGAGGGAUCUGUUGCUACAAUGUCUGCCCCAGAAUCAGUUGAAAGCCACGCCCUUCAGCUUCAUCCAUCUCCUCCGAGUCCGCUUCUUUCGCCAUCUCCAAUCACUUCAUCUCAUGAAACUUCUGAUACUGAGGUAGCAGGAACUAAUUCACCAUCAGCGACUUCAGCUUUGUCUUCACAGGGGAGCAAUAUUAGGACAUCUUCUUUGACUCAGACGGACCCUUAUUCUUCACCUGCUCUGGCCGCACCUCCCCAGCCACCUUUGUGCAGGCCAUCCCUGUCACUUUCAAGUAACAUCCAGUCAUUUUCACCUCCUCCACCUCCCCCACCCCCUCCGCCUCCACCAUUAACUAGCUCGAGGAUGACUUCACUGGGUGCCUUUUCUCCUCCCCCACCACCACCACCUCCUCCACCUCUGCCCUCAUCAUCCAGUGUAAUAAAUGUUGGUAGGGUCCCUCCACCACCCCUUUGGAUGGGGUAUGGGACUACCUCAGAAGUAGUAUCUAGUUCAUCACCACCUCCACCUCCACCUCCACCUCCACCUCCUCCACCUCCUCCUAUAUAUACAUCCAAUUUACCAAGAUUGGCUAGCUUUGGGGGUUCCACAUCUCCGCCACCUCCUCCCCCUCCUCCUCCUAUGCGUAUUGGCUAUGCUCUUCCUCCCCCGCCUCCUCCACCACCUCCUCCUCCUACACCUCCUACUCUUGCCCCACGAAUCCUACAUACCUCGCAAGUUGCUCCACCUCCACCGCCCCCACCACCACCACCACCUCCUUCAACAUUCGCUCCCCCUCCUUUAUACAACCCUCGAUCUGCACCAUCUCCACCACCUCCACCACCUCCCCCUCCUUUUUCUAGAGCGCCAACUCCACCACCUCCCCCUCCCCCUCCUUUUUCUAGAGCGCCAACUCCGCCACCUCCCCCUCCCCCUCCUUUUUCUAGAGCGCCAACUCCACCACCACCACCACUGCCUCCUUUACGUGGUUCUAUACCACCACCACCACCUCCAUUGCCUGGAGCUCCACCUCCUCCUAUGCGGGGGCCUCCACCUCCACCUCCACCACCUGGAGCACCUCCUCCAAUGCGGGGCCCUCCACCUCCUCCACUUCCUCCUGGAGGUGGCCCUCCUCCACCACCUCCACCAAUACGUGGAGCUCCACCGCCUCCUCCUCCUCCUGGAGGUCGUGCACCUGGUCCACCUCCCCCACCUCCUCCGGGAGGACGCGCACCUGGUCCACCUCCCCCACCCCCUCCUGGAGGGCGUGCACCUGGUCCACCUCCCCCACCCCCUCCGGGAGGACGCGCACCUGGUCCACCUCCUCCACCGGGAGCUCCAAGACCUCCAGGUGGUGGACCUCCCCCUCCACCACCGUUUGGUUCUAAAGGACCUGCAGUUGGCAGAGGCCUUCCUGCUGGGAGAGGGCAGGGAUUUUCCCGCGCAGCUGGUGGUGUAGCCCCACGAAGAUCUAACUUAAAGCCGUUGCAUUGGAGCAAGGUAACUAGGGCACUUCAAGGAAGCUUAUGGGAUGAACUACAAAGAAAUGGAGAGAAUCAAUUGUCACCAGAAUUUGAUUUUUCAGAACUUGAGACUCUUUUCUCUGCUACAGUCCCCAAGUCAGAUAAUGCGGGUAAAUCUGGAGGGAGAAGGAAGUCUGUUGGGUCUAAACCUGACAGGGUUCACCUGGUUGACUUGAGGAGGGCAAAUAAUACUGAAAUUAUGCUCACAAAGGUGAAAAUGCCACUGCCUGACAUGAUGGCCGCUGCCCUUGCAAUGGAUGAGUCAAUUUUAGAUGCUGAUCAGGUGGAGAAUCUUAUCAAGUUUUGUCCUACCAAAGAUGAGAUGGAACUUCUCAAGAAUUACACUGGCGACAAGGAUCUUCUGGGGAAGUGUGAACAGUUUUUUCUGGAGCUCAUGAAGGUGCCCCGAGUAGAGUCAAAACUAAGAGUUUUUCUCUUCAAGAUCCAGUUCAACUCUCAGGUCACGGACUUCAAAAAAAGCUUGAACACAGUGAACUCUGCUUGUGAAGAGCAGGUCCGACAUUCUCUUAAAUUGAAGGAAAUAUUGAAGAAAAUAUUGUAUCUAGGGAAUGCAUUGAACCAGGGAACUGCCAGAGGUUCUGCCAUUGGAUUUAAGUUGGACAGUCUUUUGAAGCUCACUGAUACUCGUGCUACUAACAACAAGAUGACACUCAUGCAUUAUCUUUGUAAGGUUCUUGCUUCCAAGUCACCAUCACUUUUAGACUUUCACGUAGAUCUUGUAAGCCUGGAAGCUGCGUCAAAGAUACAAUUGAAGUCUUUGGCUGAAGAAAUGCAAGCAAUCAUCAAGGGUUUGGAAAAAGUUAAAAAAGAACUGGAGGCUUCGGAGACUGAUGGCCCUGUGUCUGAAAUUUUUCGCAAGACCUUAAAGGAAUUCGUUGGCGUGGCUGAAGCACAGGUUGACUCUGUCAAGGAUUUAUAUUCUGUUGCGGGCAGAAAUGCAGAUGCACUUGCACUAUAUUUCGGUGAGGAUCCUGCCCGUUGUCCAUUUGAGCAAGUCACAGCAACCCUCUUAAAUUUUGUGAGGCUGUUCCGCAAAGCCCACGAAGAGAACUUGAAGCAGGCUGAAUUAGAAAGGAAGAAAGUUCAGAAGGAGGAAAUGGAGAACGCCAAAGGAGUUAAUCUCAAUAAGAAGGGUUUCAAGUGAAUUGGGAAUGAUUUCAUUGUUUCAGGGAAUAGGUGUCAAACGAUCCGUCUGUUGGUUAUGUUAACUGAAGAUAUCUACCGAAGACAGACCAGAAGGCUCUUAAUGUAAGUGCUUUGGCAUUCUUUGGAUUCAAGAAAGAAUGUUGAGGCUUGUAAACCAGAAUGCAGUGAAUGCUUUGCAGAUAGGAAGCUGAACCGGACACAUCAUUGUUGGGGCUCUUGGAUGAUGCAAGCAACCUGUCGCUCCAUAAAUUGAUCGCCUUGAAUUUUUGUUAUUGGUAGGUGAUCAUGAAUGCUAUCCAACCUGGAGAAAUUUGCUACAUGAUUACACAGAUGCUGCAAUCAAGAGCGCGAAUUUGGAUAGAGCCAACAUGCUGGACUCGGUGUUGCCACAAUGUCCAGUGUUUACCAAUGAUCGCCCUUACGCCAUGCCAACUGUAAAUUAGAAGUGUAACAUCAGUUUGUAUAAAGCCUAACCAGUAUAUCUUAGAUUCAAAGUUAUUCUUUUCAUUGUAACAUAGAAAAAAAGGGUUUCCUAUUGUGUCAGUUUUGAUGGGAACCUGCCACGAUAUUGAUUGUACAGAAAGCAGCAUAGGAGAGGAUAGAGAUAGAUUCUAUUAACAAAUAGUAUUGUAUCAAUAUGUAGGCUUUAGGAUUAGUUCCCCUUUCCUAAAUACAAAUUUUGGAAAAUAUUCUGAUAUCUUCAUUUUUUUU